AUGGCUCUGUGUAGAAGGCCUUAUGGUUACUCAAAGGUGGACAAGGAAGACCCUGAAGACAUAAUCCAUAGAAGGGCACAGUUUUUGAUCCACAAAGUGUUGGAGAAAGCAGAUUCACGUAGAAAGCCAUCGUGCCUUAGAAUCAGAAUCUCUAAGUUGAAGGUGAAGAUUGGAAAAAGGUUAAGGAGGCUCAGGAGGAGAAUUUUGUCAGGUGUAUCUGCUGCUAGACUUGGCUUUCAUGGACAUGUUAUGAGUCAAAUCAAAACAUGGAAGAGACUCUUCAACCGAGGAAGACAAUCUCAAACCCUCAUAACCCUUCCUCCUCUUAUUAAUUGA